UCGUCACCGUGUGUUGUCAGAGUGUGUAAAUCCUUAGACUGGAAAAUUAGGGUUUUUGGAACUUGGGUGUGAGAUUCUAUAGCAGAUAUGGGGAAGAAGAAAGGAGGCAAAGCAGCUGCUCCAGCAGAUGAUUUCUUACAAACCCUGGAAGACUUCACCAGCAAAGAGAACUGGGAUAAAUUCUUCACUCUCAGAGGCAACGACGACUCUUUCGAGUGGUAUGCUGAGUGGCCUCAGCUCCGUGACACGCUUUUACCUCUCCUCCAAGAAUCAUCAUCUUCAUCUUCUGGCUCGCUUCAGAUUCUGGUUCCUGGAUGCGGAAACUCCCGCCUUUCUGAGCAUUUGUACGAUGCUGGAUUCCGUGACAUCACCAAUGUCGACUUUUCCAAGGUUGUUAUCUCCGAUAUGCUUCGUCGGAACAUUAGGACUCGGCCUCAACUGCGUUGGCGAGUUAUGGACAUCACAAAGAUGCAGUUGGCAGAUGAAUCCUUUGAUACGGUUCUGGAUAAAGGUGCUCUUGAUGCUUUGAUGGAGCCCGAAGUUGGUACCAAGCUGGGAAAUCAAUACUUAACAGAGGCCAAGCGGGUUUUGAAACCUGGAGGGAAGUUUAUCUGUCUAACGCUGGCGGAGUCUCAUGUCUUAGCAUUGCUCUUUUCAAAACUUCGUUUUGGUUGGAAGAUGACGGUCCAUUCAAUCUCUCAAAAACGCUCCAAUCUUAAAACGUUUAUGGUGGUGGCUGAAAAGGAAAAGUCCAUUUUAUUGCACGAUAUUACCUCUUCUUUCGAUCUUUUAUCUAUUGGUCGCAACGAUAACCAGGGCUCUGGUAUGCGUGAAGCCCUCGAGAGUGAGAACCAAAUACGUAGAGACUGCAAUAAUGGCUCAGACUUACUGUACUCUCAUGAAGAUUUGAAACUUGGUAUUAAAGGAGAUUUGGCAGAGCUUACUGGAGGCCGCCGUAUAAAAUUUACUUUGGCUAGCAAUUUCAGUUAUAGAGCUGUGCUUCUUGAUGCUCAGAAGCAGACUGAGCCAUUUGUGUAUCAUUGUGGUGUUUUUCUUGUCCCCAAGACUCGUGCUCAUGAGUGGCUGUUCUGUUCAGAGGAAGGACAGUGGCAGGUUAUCGAGAGUUCUCAGGCUGCUCGUCUCAUAAUGGUUUUCCUCGACAGUAGCCAUAGUGGUGUUGCCAUGGAGGAUAUCCAGAAUGAUUUAUCUCCCAUGGUGACACAACUAGCUCCUAGAAAUGAUGAUGAAGCAGCUCGCAUACCGUAUAUGAUGGCAAGUGAUGGAAUCAAAAAGCGUGAUACCGUUCACGAGGUUACAUCUUCCUUGACUGGAAAAGUGGUCGUUGAAGAUGUGGUUUAUGAAAGCACUCCUAGUAAUCUUGAAGGCUUAUCUCCUAGCGAUUUGGCAUUUCGACGCCUUGUAUUCAAAAGAACCGAGGGUUUGAUACAAUCUGAAGCUUUACUUGUAGAGGAUGGUGAGAUUCUUGAACUAUCUCAGAAAGACAAAACUGUUUCCCAAUCAAAACGAAAGGGAAAUAAAAAACAAAACCAAGAAUCUAGCGGACCUCUCAUGAAGGUCUCUCAUGAUUAUUUGGCUAGCUCUUACCACACUGGAAUUAUUUCUGGCUUCACAUUGGUAUCUUCCUACCUGAAGAAGGCUGAAUCAUGCGGAAAGAUGGUUAAGACUGUUAUAAUUGGUCUUGGAGCAGGAUUACUUCCCAUGUUCCUCCAUGGAUGUUUGCCAUUUUCUGAUGUUGAGGCGGUUGAGCUUGACCCGGUAAUGCUUAGUGUUGGCAAGGAUUACUUUGGUUUCACACAAACUGAUCGCUUGAAGGUGCAUAUUGCUGAUGGGAUCAAAUUCAUUAGAGAUAUAACAAACUCUGAAACUCCUGCUGAUGGGAUCAAAUUCAUUAGAGAUAUAACAAACUCUGAAACUCCUUCUGAGGAAACCUCAAACGCUGUGCCACAAUCGACUAGCUCAAAUGGGGAUUCCACAACUUAUACUGUCAAAGGCGGAACUUGUCCUGACAUUCUGAUUGUAGAUGUGGAUUCAGCAGAUUCAAGCGGGGGUUUAACCUGUCCUGCAUCUGAGUUUAUCGAAGAGACAUUUCUUCUUUCGGUAAAGCGCGCUCUCCCUGAGCACGGUCUUUUCGUGGUGAACUUGGUAUCGAGGUCACAAUCCGUCAAAGAUAUGGUAGUAUCAAGAAUGAAAAAGGUAUUCGAUCACUUGUUUGGCCUGCAACUAGAAGAGGAAGAUGACGUAAACGUGGUGCUAUUUGGGCUUUGCUCUGAAUCCGUAAUCAGCGAGAGCGAUAUCCCAGAAUCUGCAUUAAUACUAGAGGGGUUGCUCAAGUGCCAGAGACCGGAGACAAAGCAAAGCAUCCUAGAGGCUACAAAGAAGUUGAAAUGCUGGAAAUAAAACAAUUCUUUAUUUUAUUUUGUUUCCUUUAUCCAUACGCAAAAUGGAAAAAUGAAGCGUGUGGUUGGUUUUGUAUUCAUAAUAACCUUUUUCUUGUUGUUGGUGUUAAGAGACCUACACCAAAGUUAUUGAAGCAUUCAAUAUGGAUGAUGAUGAUAGUUAAACAUCGACGUCUUGAAUUAAUUGAUGCAGUUUUUGGAAACUA